CUGGCAGGCAGGGUAGAGACACUCUGUGGCCGCGCGCCGUCCGCUCCGCAACGCCCGCUGAUGCCUCCGCCCGUCGCCGGACUCUUGCUUGCAGCUCUGAUUGUUCUCGGCAGCGUUCUGCACUGCUCCGCCUCGGCGAACAACGCCAGCUCAUCCACGCAGAAUGUGCAGAACAAGCGAGAAAGGCUGUGCAGGACGAGGGACGCGACUCUGCCGCCCCACUUGUUCGCCCAGCACACCUGCGCCCUGUGCUACACGUUCAUGAUGCCGGCGGCGUUCACCCACAAGGCCAGGCCGCGAGGGUUGCACCUCAACGGAGUACUAAAACUCCUGCCCAUGGGCGCCAAUGAGACCGUUUUUGCAGACGCCGGAGAUGCGAACAACCCCCUUUUGUCAACCUUCAGCAGCGACUUGGCGAAGAAAAAGUGGCUCGAGUGCUGCGACAACGCGCGUCUCUGCUGCGACGAAAUGCUGGCGAACACCAACGAGACCCCAAGUCAAGGCUGGUGCCCAAGGACGUGGGAUGGGUGGCUGUGCUGGGGCGAUUCCCCGCCGUUGAAAGAGCAGUUCGCCUCGUGCCCCACAUUCAUCGCGCUCACCUCGGAGCCACCCUCCUGCAUGCAAGCAAGCAAAAUUUGUUUGGAAGACGGGACUUGGUAUCGGCUGGACGCCGGCGACGGAAAUGUUGAGUGGACAAACUACUCGACCUGCAGCACCGUCCAAGGCCACCAAAAUAGGGCCUACAUAAGCGUUUCCUCUUUUGGGGUCAGCGUCAUUGCCCUGGUUCCUGCUCUCAUCAUCUUCUCCAUUUACAGGCAGCUACGAGUGCCGAGGGUGGUUCUGCAUCGGCACCUUUUCACCUCGCUGCUGCUGAACUCCAUUGCGGUAAUUGUGUUCAAAGGGAGCUUCCUCAUCCCGGCAACGACGCAGGGUUCUCUUAUUUCAAAGGAUGGCCUCUUCUGUAAAGUGCUUAUUCUGGUAACGAAAUACUUCAGGGUCUCCAACUACAUGUGGAUGUUCUGCGAGGGUUUCUACCUUCACCGCCUGAUUGCGGCCGCUUUCGUCGAGGAGACCAGCCUCUUGAUUUUCUACCUAAUUGGCUGGGGCCUGCCAGUGGUGGUGGUGGCCACGUACUUCGGCGCCAUCAUCCUGCACGAGCCGUCGCUGGACGUGAGCGAGUGCUGGUCCUUCCCCGACUACGACUGGGUGCUCUACGCGCCCUGCCUGCUCUCGUUGGCCAUCAAUUUCCUCUUCUUAGUCGACAUCAUCCGCGUCCUGUGGCUCAAACUGCGCGCACGUCACGCGCAAGAACCGUCGCAAUACAGGAAAGCAGUGAGGGCGACUUUGGUGCUGAUUCCCCUGUUUGGACUUCACCUGUGCUUCACCAUGUACAGACCGGCGAGUGGCUCUUGCAUCGGACUAUUCCUCAGAAUCUACAAUGUGGCUGAUUACGUGCUCGACGGCCUGCAAGGGUGCUUUGUGUCCCUCAGCUUUUGCUACUUCAGUGGCGAGGUGCAAUACUUGAUCAAGCGGUCCUACCAGAGAUUCGUGCAGAGACACAGGCCGAACCUGGGGGCCGCCUCGUGGGUCUCGGCGGACGCGAACCACCACAACAACGCCAACUCGCAGACCACCAUGUCCCUGGCCGAGCCCGUGUCUGCCAACAGAAGGGCCACCAGGCUCUCAGCGUCCGUCGUCGUCGAAAGGAACCCCAAAAAUGACACCUUGUUCUGAGCUGACUGAUUGUGUAAAAAAAGACUGAUCCGAUCCUGUACGCAAAGAUAUACCAAAGAAUUUUAUCAUGGUUGUGUGUAACUGUUUGAAGAGAACCAAAAUGCAUUUGAAAAUACAUUAUUUAUGAGGAAUUUAGUAUUAAAUAAAUGUAAAAAUAUGUGUUGAUGUUGAGAUAACAUAUUGUUAAUGAGUUGUUUUAGAUGGUAGAUGUUGUAGUUUGCAAAAGAAUAUAUAUGUUAGAUGUAAAAACAAUUACAAG